UGUUUAGAUGGAUUUUAACACACUUGUGUAAAACCGUAUGCCAUAACUUUCUACCGGGUACCGGGUAACUGGUAGGACUGGAAAAGAGUAUACACUCGAUUUCCCUCGUUCGCGUGCUGCGCAGUGUUGGCAACUUUCUCCGAAAAUUCCAAUUUCUGUGAAAUCCAACUUCAGUGAAGGCUAUCUAUAGGCAACCUACUGUAAUUCAGCCAAUAACAUAGCGAGUUACAAAUUCGGUAAUAGGACAGAAAACAGCGUCGAGUCGAAUUAUUUUUCAAUUCCUUCUCUAACAUGUCGAUUAGCCUCUAUUGCGCCUAAAGGUGUGUGUGUGUGUGUGUGUGAGGCAGUCUCUCUCUCUGUUGCCAAUCACCACUCCUACUUUGUUUCUCUGCAUGGAUGACAGAUAAUCAUCACAGUUCACUAUGAGGAGGAUGGCGAAGGAUCUGCAACCAGCCGAGCAAGGGUCUGGGUGGAUCUCCAGUUGGCUUCCAUCCUGGUGUCCCACCUCCCUCUCUCAGCUGAAGGACGCAGAAGACAAAAUGCUCAAAUCUGUGAAGGCCCCAUUCUCCAGGCAGCAUGUCCGGAUAUCCAACGGCAACUAUCUCUGGACCUUAGCCUUCACCUCUCACAUCAAGCCCCAUCCCUCUCUCCCACCCCAGCCUCAGCCAAAGCCCCAUCCCUCUCUCCCACCCCAGCCUCAGCCAAAGCCAUAUCCCUCUCUCCCACACCAGCCUCAACCCAAGCUCCAUCCCUCUCUCCCACCCCAGCCUCAACCCCAUCCCUCUCUCCCACCCCAGCCUCAGCCCCAGCCACAUAUCUCUCUACCACCCCAUACACAGCCCCAUCCUUCUUCUCCACAACACUCUCUCCAGCCCCGUCCUCCCCUGGUGCUGCUCCAUGGGUUUGGGGGUGGUGUGGGUUUGUGGGCCCAGAACCUGGACUCUCUGUGUGGCAGUGGAGCCGUGUAUGCCCUGGAUCUUCUGGGGUUUGGACAGAGCAGCCGGCCCCUGUUCAGCGUGGACCCCCAGGGGGCAGAGGAGCAGUUCCUAGGGGCCCUGGAGGAGUGGAGGGACAGGGUGGGCCUGGAGGAGAUAGUCCUGCUGGGACACAACCUGGGAGGAUACCUGGCUGCUGCUUACACACUUACACACCCACACAGGGUAAAGCACUUGAUCCUGGUGGAGCCCUGGGGGUUCCCGGCCCGACCAGAGAGUCUAGAUCAGGAGAAGUCUAUCCCAGUGUGGAUCAGAGCCAUGGGGGCUGUCAUGAGUCCCUUCAACCCCCUGGCUGGACUUAGACUGGCCGGACCACUGGGUCCUAUGUUGAUCCAGACCAUCAGGUCAGAUUUUAAACAGAAGUACUCUUCAGUGUUUGAUGACAACACCGUGUCAGACUACAUCUACCAUCUUAACGCACAGACACCAAGUGGUGAAACAGCGUUUAGGAACAUGACAGUACCAUAUGGUUGGGCUAAGAGACCAAUGUUAGAUCGUAUUGGACAGAUCCAACCAGACAUUCCAAUAUCCAUCAUCUAUGGGUCCCGAUCCAGUAUCGACAGCGACUCGGGAUACACUAUCCAGAAAAUCCGACCAGAUGUGGACAUCAUCGUGAUAAGGGGAGGAGGUCACUAUGUGUUUGCUGACCAGCCAGACGACUUCAAUCAGAACGUUCUUCACAUCCUGGCCAGGAUGGAGGGAGAUAAGGAGAAGAGGAGUGAGGAGUGGUGUGGAUGAGAAGGAAGGGAAAUGAGGAGGUGAGAGGAGAAGAUUGAGGGAUAAAUAAAGAAUGGCAGAUGAGAUGGGGAGAAGAGACAGUAAAGGAGGGGGAGAAGGAGAGAUACAUGGAGGAGUUGUUACAACUUCUUGGCUCUGAGGAGUAGGAGGACGAUUGUUACGUUCAGACUUUGAACACACACUUUCCUCACUGAGGACGUACUAGCGCUAGGCUGGUAUGCGAUGGUUAGAUCAUCAUUUUGUUUUAGGUUGAUAUGGGAGGGCUUGCUAAUGAUCUAUGCUGACAUAAGCUGCCGCUGGCCCAUAUUGACUCCAAUGCUUCCCACAGUUAUGUCAAGUUGGCUGGAUGUCCUUUGGGUGGUGGACCAUUCUUGAUCCACACGGGAAACUGUUGAGUGUGAAAAACCCAGCAGGGUUGCAGUUAUUGACGCAAACCGGUGCGCCUGGCACCUACUACCAUACUCCAUUCAACGGCACUUUAAUCUUUUGUCUUGCCCAUUCACCCUCUGAAUGGCACACACACACAAUCCAUGUCUCAAUAGCCUCAAGGAUUUAAAAUCCUUCUUCAACCUGUAUCCUCCCCUUUAUCUACACUGAUUUAAAGUGGAUUUAACAAGUGACAUUAACAAGGGAUCAUGGCUUUCACCUGGUCAGUCUUAUGUUGUGGAAAGAGCAGGCGUUCAUAAUGUUUUGUACACUCUGUGUGUGGGCCGAUAUAUGAUAUCCAUAUUACCUAUACUACAUCCACCUCUCAUCAGUAUGCCCCUGUACAGCCAGUGAAGGCAAUGUUGUGUAUAUCAUCUUUGUAAAGAAAUGUCAAAUGUAUUGUUUUCUUAAAUAUAGAAUAAUGUACAUGUUAUGUUUUGCCUGUUGACAAAUGUCCAUAGUAUCAUGUCUCAAAGCUGUUACCAGUAUGCUAAAACUUUAGAUUCACAGAGUAAGCAAGGGAACAGAGAGACCCCCCCAAAAAAAUCUAUUCUAAGAAACUGUUGAGCAAUGUUUUAAUGCUUGAGGAGGGAGAGUUGAUCCCAAAGGAAAAACUUGUUUUCUGUGGUGAACUAGUAUAAAGUUGACUGGGGUUUUUCUUUCUUAUUUGACACUUCACCCAUACUGUUGCCUAACUAACCUCCAUAGGCAGACUGGUCCAGUCUCCCGUCAUGUUUGAGACCGCCUAUUUAGCAGUCCGUGACUACUGCCUGACUGAUCUACAAUUACCCUGUAUCCUAAAUAACUACUCAUUAUGAUUUAUAGAUCAGUCAGUUCCCUCUGACGGUGACCAAUAAUUAAGCGAAUUUGAUGCUCUUGAACAUGACCUCUCUCUACAGAGCCAGCUCUGCAAAUGUACCGCACAACAGGAUAAAGGAUAUUUUCAUCAAAAUAAUGUUUUUUAUGAUAUGAGGACUGGUAUGGAGGCCAUAUUAUUUACUAUAUGUUCGUAUUCUUCUCUUUUAUUUCUUAUUGUUGUUGAGGAGGAACCUAUAAAUAAUGAUUUCAAUGGAAGGUCUAUACCGUGUGUAUCCUGUACAUACAACUAAUAAAACCAACUAUUGGAUGUUU